GACUCCAAAUAGCUGCCAGACUUGUCCUGAUUUUACUCUCUCCUUCUCUUCUUUAUACCUUUCUCCAUUUUUCUUUCCAAGCUAGCUGUUAGUAAAGGAGCAAAAGGAAGGUGCUGCAGUUUAUUUUUCGAGGCUUUCUGCCGUGGAGUGUGUCGGGUUCCUCUCUUUCUUUGUGUGCUUUUGGGUGGCUUGUGCUCAACAAGUGGCUGAUGGAUUUAAUGCACUUGGAUAGCAUCUCCACAGUGAGCUCAUUACCACAGUAGCUCACAGGUCUCUGUUCUUAGAAUUUAUGGCUCUGAUGAAAAAGGACUCUAUUAAUCAGAUCUACCACCUCCAGCUGUCGUUAUUCAUUGGCGACACGCUGUGAGAGAAGGCUCCGCUCUGCUGUGCUACGGCGCGCCCCACUCACUCGUCCUUGACGCCCAAAUGCUGUUUGCCAAUUGUCAUGCCACCCGUCCUCUGUGAGUUAUGACGGCAGCUUCAUUGACUCAGGAAAAAGGCUGCUCCUUGGCUCACCAGUGAGCAAGUCGCAUGAUGAAGGAGGGUCCUGGAAGUCUGCUCUUCAAGGAAUCUGCCAGCAGGAUAUGAGUAUUUUGAGCCCUGUGACAGCUAACAAAUCUAACCUUGUGGGAAUUGUGGGAGGCCCAGAAGAAUACUCCAGAGUCAUGCAGUCAGAGGAGCUAUUCAGCAGGAAGCUCAAAGCCUUGAGCGAUAGCAUGGGACCUCCAGCCUCCAGCAUGCAGGGGAAACCUGAUGGUGCAGGCAAAACAAAUGGUACUCCGGCAAUGCCUAAAAUGGGUGUCAGGGCCAGGGUCACAGAAUGGCCGCCAAGAAAAGACGGAUGGGACGGGCGGCCUUCGCCUAACUAUCAGAGUGUGAUACCCGUGUUUCAGAACGGCCAGCAGGAACACACUGUGGAAAUACUAGAGCAAGGUGAAGCAGUCUGUCUGGAGGUGGACUACACUGACAAAUACACGCUGAGUGACUUUCUCUGCCACUCUCCGCUGAAGGGUCUGCACCCUAUCCGUCAGCGGAGCAACAGUGACGUUACCAUAAGUGACAUCGACUCUGAAGACGUAAUGGACCAGAAUGCCGUCAACCCAAACACUGGAGCCUCGCUGCACCGCGAGUACGGCAGCACAUCCUCCAUCGACCGCCAGGGCUUGACUGGGGAUGGCUUCUUCACCAUGCUUAAGGGCUACCGAGUUGAAACCCUGGACCACCGCAGUAUACCCCCUCUGGGUUUCCCCGAGUUGCUGCGCUGUGAUGCCUCGCUGUCCCCCAGCUUGCAGACAGCAGCACAAAUUGCAAGGGGUGAGAUAGUCCACAUUCCAGGCUAUGACUACAUAGACAGCUCCCUACUCUACAGCCGGGAACGGGAGAAGUCCUUCAUGAGACGUCUUAAAUCGGAGUCGUCAGAAACAUCACUGUUCAGGAAACUUCGGCCCAUAAAGAGUGAAAGUGACGCACUGCGGCUCUCAAUCGAGGACGACCGGCGACCACUCAGCUUCCAAAAAUGCUUCGCCCACUACGAUGUGCAGAGUGUGCUUUUUAACAUCAGCGAGGCGGUGGCGAGCAGAGCUAACCUGAGCCAGAGGAAAAACACUACUACCGGUGCCUCGGCCGCCUCAGCUGGAGCCGGAGCUGGUGGAGUGUCCGUAGUUGGAGGCGGUGCUGGACCUGGAGCAGGAGCCGAUGGUGGAGCAGCAGGAUGCAACAGUGCCAAUACCCCCAUGUUUGAGUCUCCACUGGGCAGCAGAGAGGACUUGAACCCAAAGGAGAACCUGGAUGCAGACGAGGGGGACGGGAAGAGCAACAGCUUGGUGCUGAGUUGCCCGCACUUUCGCAAUGAGAUUGGUGGCGAGAGCGAGAGGAAGAUCUCCCUCUCCAGAGCCAACAGUGUCAACUACAGCGGUUUGUCAGAGAGCUGCUCUUUCGAGUCAUCCCUAAGUUCACACUGCACCAACGCAGGAGUUUCUGUGCUGGAGGUGCCUCGAGAAAACCAGCCAAUCCACAGGGAAAAGGUCAAACGCUACAUCAUCGAGCACAUUGACCUUGGAGCAUACUACUACCACAAAUUCUUCUACGGGAGAGAGCAUCAGAAUUAUUUCGGUGUAGACGACCAUCUUGGACCCGUGGCAGUCAGCAUCCGCAGGGAGAAGCUAGACGAUGGAAGGGAUAAGGAAGGGACGCAGUACAACUAUCGGGUCACCUUUAGAACCAGUCAGCUGACCACCCUCCGUGGUGCCAUCCUGGAGGAUGCCAUUCCAUCCACGGCGAGACACGGGACGGCCCGCGGGCUGCCGCUCAAAGAAGUACUUGAAUACGUCAUCCCUGAGCUGAAUAUCCAGUGUCUGAGGCUGGCCAUGAACUCUCCCAAAGUCGCGGAACAGCUCCUCAAGCUGGAUGAGCAAGGGCUAAGCUUCCAGCACAAGGUGGGAGUACUCUACUGCAAGGCUGGCCAGAGCACAGAGGAAGAGAUGUACAACAACGAGAGUGCCGGCCCAGCGCUGGAUGAGUUCUUGGAUCUGCUUGGUCAGAGGGUGCGCCUCAAAGGCUUCACCAAGUACAGAGCUCAGCUGGAUAACAAGACGGACUCCACAGGCACGCACUCUCUUUACACAACCUAUAAAGACUACGAGCUGAUGUUUCACGUGUCCACCAUGCUCCCCUACACACCCAACAACCGGCAGCAGUUGCUAAGGAAGAGGCACAUUGGCAAUGACAUUGUCACCAUAGUGUUUCAGGAGCCCGGGGCCCUUCCUUUCACUCCAAAAAACAUCCGCUCUCAUUUCCAGCAUGUGUUUGUCAUUGUCAAAGUCCACAACCCGUGCACUGAUAACGUCUGCUACAGUGUGGCUGUGUCCAGAUCUAAAGACGUGCCUCCAUUUGGCCCCCCUAUUCCCAAGUCUGUAACUUUUCCAAAGUCUGCGGUUUUCAGGGACUUCCUGCUUGCCAAGGUCAUCAACGGGGAGAACGCAGCACACAAGUCGGAGAAGUUUCGGGCCAUGGCGACUCGUACGCGGCAGGAGUACCUGAAGGACCUAGCCGAGAACUUCGUCAGCACGGCCACUAUCGACUCAGCUGUCAAAUUCAGCUUCAUCAGCCUCGGAGGCAAGAAGAAGGAGAAGGUGAAACCCAGGAAGGACGCGCAUCUGUUCAGCGUGGGAGCGAUCACCUGGAGCGUCCGUGCCCGGGACUUUGGCCAGUCGCUGGACUUUGACUGCUUGCUUGGUAUAUCCAAUGAGUUCAUUGUGCUCAUUGAGGAGGAAUCAAAAAAUGUGAUCUUCAACUGUUCGUGCCGCGACGUCAUCGGGUGGACCUCAGGGAUUAUGAGCAUUAAGAUUUUCUAUGAACGGGGCGAGUGUGUCAUGCUGUCUGCUCACGACAACUGCGGAGAAGACAUCCGGGAGAUGGUGCAGAGACUAGAGAUCGCCACCAGAGGGUGCGAAACCACGGAGAUGACACUUCGCCGGAAUGGCCUCGGCCAGCUCGGCUUCCACGUCAAUUUCGAGGGCAUCGUAGCCGACGUGGAGCCCUUUGGUUUCGCCUGGAAGGCAGGACUGAGACAGGGCAGCCGACUGGUGGAGAUCUGCAAGGUGGCCGUUGCUACCCUCACUCACGAGCAGAUGAUUGACCUGCUGCGCACCUCAGUCACCGUCAAAGUGGUUAUAAUUCAACCUUAUGAAGAUGGCACUCCCCGAAGUCACUCGCUUCCUCCUCUGCUCAUGCCUGGCUGGACAUGUCCGACAGCUUCUCCUGCAACACCAGCUUCCAGGGGCUGCUCCGAGCUCUACCGCAUACCCAUGGUGGAGUACAAGGUGGACAGCGAGGGUACGCCGUGUGAGUACAAGACGCCCUUCAGGAGAAAUACCACCUGGCAUCGGGUGCCCACGGCUGCCGGAGCGCUAUCCCGAGGCUCGCCCACUCAGGGCCCCGACCGCUUGCAGUGUCAGCAGAUCCUCCAGCAGCACCAGGCAGCUAUCCCGCGAAGCACCUCCUUUGAUAGGAAGUUGCCAGAUGGUUCCAGAACUGUGCAGGAUAUGGAGAAUCCCCAGGUCACCUCAUGUAACAAGGGAGACCAGCACUACCGCAGUUCCCCCAGCAACCAGUCGUCCUCCAGUGAUCCAGGGCCCUGUGGCAGCAGCACAUGGUCCCAGCAGCCUGGAUAUGAUGGGUGUCCCUCCCCUAUCCUGCAUGAGCGGGUAGGGGACAUCCAGGGAGGGGAUGGAGAGAUCCACAGAGAGAGAGAGCCCACCCUGGAGAGGACUAGGUCUGCAGAGGCCAAAUGGCACAUCCCCUCCACCAAGAUCCUGAACCCUCUGAAGCAAAGAGAAGGAGGAAAGGACUCGCCCAACAAGCUGUCCAGGGCGGGUGAUAAAAACUCAAGCCACUCAAGUAGCAACACUCUUUCAAGCAACGCCUCCAGCAACAGUGACGAUAAGCACUUUGGCUCUGGGGACCUGAUGGACCCCGAGAUGCUCGGCCUCACGUACAUCAAAGGCGCAUCCACUGACAGCGGCAUAGACACUAAUCCCUGCGUGGCCCCCGGGGCCCGAGUGUUGCUGCAGGGAAGAGUCGGGGAGCAGGGACACCCGUGGGUGUCGGAGCACCACGAGGAUGGAGCGUCGGAAGAGGAUCAUGGGAAAAUGUACCUACCGCAGGGCUAUGCUUCUGCCAUUUUGUCUAGCCAUGUGACAGAGGGCAGUAUCGGGGACCUGAGCGAGAUCUCGUCCCACUCCAGUGGCUCACACCACUCUGGCAGUCCCCUGGCCCGUGGUGCCAGAUACUGUAUGUCUGCUGACUCCUCCAAGGUGUACACCAUCCCCCAGACCAGCAGCUCAGGGCCAGAGCUGGUACAGGGGUCCGGGCUUGGGCCCGGCUCAGAGGCUUGUGGACAGGCACGCACACAGUCCAGUUGCAAAUUCACAGUGGGCGCGAAGGCGACUGAUGAUGAUGAUGAUGAUGCCGCCCACAGCACUGAGGAACCUCCCAACAUUUCAGAGUGUGGAGGAGCGGAAAGCUUGUUAACCUUCCUUCUCACAAUGCUGUCUGAGCGUUCAAGGCAGUUGUACGCACAAGAGGCCGCAUGCCGGCUCCAGGCCACUGAGCGGGAUGGAAAAUCUCUGCAGAGACUCUCGAAAGAGGAAUACGUUAAAAUGAUGCUGCCCGACAGCCCGCCAGGAGAAGACAGGAGUCGCAAGGUAUCAGCAGUGGACAGCUUGUCCCCCAGACGCUCGCUGUACCGAACGCUGUCCGACGAGAGCGUGUCCAGUAACCGGAAAGGCUCGUCGUACGCCAGCUCGCACAGCUCCAUGCUGGACCAAGCCAUGCCUAACGACAUCCUAUUCAGCACCACCCCACCUUACCACAGCACGCUGCCGCCUCGCAUGAUCCACAACCAGGGCGCGUCCAACCUGCGGAAUGAGUUUUGGUUCUCUGACGGCUCCUUGGCGGACAGGUCCAAGUUCAGCGACCCGGGCCUCAUGCCCCUCCCUGACACUGCCUCUGGGCUGGACUGGUCUCACCUGGUCGAUGCAGCACGAGCCUUCGAAGACCAGCGCGUGGCGUCCUUCUGCACCAUGACUGACAUGCAGCGGGUCGAGGCUCUGCAGAUCUCGAGAGAGCUGACCAGACGGGUGGUGGAGGCGGAAGGAGCGGCGCUGGGAGCAGACUCCCCCUCCACACUCACUGGCAAAGUCAACCAGUUAGAGGUGAUCCUGAGGCAGCUGCAGCACGACCUCAGAAAGGAGAAAGAGGAUAAGGCGAUGCUACAGGAAGAGGUGCAGCACCUGAGACAGGACAACAUGCGACUGCAGGAGGAGAGCCAGACCGCAGCGGCGCAGCUCAGGAAGUUCACAGAGUGGUUCUUUCACACCAUCGACAAGAAACCCUAAGACACAGAGCGAGGGAGGGAGAGAGAAAGCAUGAUGGCCUUUAUUCCUCACGGGCACCCACUCUACUCCUACUUAAGACUCCCAGAUGAUCCACAGGCAAACAAACUAUAAAACAAACCAUUACCAGCUCCCAAGAGUAAUCAAGACGCUUUCAAACAACCCCAUGUUUUGGAGACUAUCGUGCAGUCCUGGGUGAGAAACCUGAAACCCCGAUCUGGACUUUUACUUUUGGGAUCGUCCUCUGUCUGAAGCGCAGGGUCGUGUCUGAUUUAACUGGUGAACGAGGCUCUUGGGGAAACACCACCCCCACCUCCAUCUCCAGCACUAAAGAGGAAUCAAGAAAGACGACCCAGGGCCCCGCCUGUCCACGGGAUCUUCUUACAGUAGAGGAAUGUAAAGCUCAUUUACUGUAGUGAACAUAUAAUCUACCUACCUACGUAUGUCGCAUCGGUCUACUGUACUGUAUACUCAGCCGUACUGUAUCAUACUGCACACACUGUCACACAGCUGUUUCUGUGCCGGCCGUCACGGACACAGGAAAGUAUAGAGGGGCGAGGCGAGAGGGAGGAGGGGAGGAAUGUACUGGACAUAAUGAAGUGGUACUUACUGUCUGCUUGCACCAAGAGGAAUCCACAUGUGGCGCUCUUGAAACGUACGGCGGGGAGGGGGGGAAAUGAAUGUAGCUCAACUGAGAUCUUUUUUCUUUCUUUCUUCUCCUGCUUUCUGGUUUCCAAAGUCGCAAAAGUUUUGAGGUUUGCUGUUUUUCAGACUUUUUGUUUCUUUGUUUUUGUUUUGUUUCUGAUGAAUUCCACAUUUUCCUUUCCUCUGUGUUGUAAUGUAGGGUCACAUGGCAGUAAUUUUGAUGUUUUAAAGGUGCUUUUCCCUACGCACAUUUGUCACUAGUUUCCCUUCACUGUCACAAUGUCCUAGCAAUAACAAAGUGGUAGUUACAAAACUGUGUUUUGUUUUGGUUUUUUUAUUUAAAUUUUUUGUUUUUAAUAAAAGAAGUUACCACAAGCGUGAAGAGUUCCUGUCGAGUCGCAGUUGUAUUUGACGUGUAUUUAUGAAACGAGGAAGAGACUGUGCCUAAAACUCUUGGUUGUCGGUGGAUUGUUUCUCUUUGCUUUUAGUCCUUUUUGUAAACACACGCCUUGUCUGUGGCUCACUGAUAGGAAAAAAAAAAAUGUGUGUGUGUCAGAGAGAGAGAGGUUAUGUGAGUGUGUGUGUGUGUGUAGUUUAUCACAGGAAAAUGUGUUCUUAUGCAGUGGUUUCUAGAGCAUUAGAGCAAGCGCCAGUGAACCACACUUACAAUGCCAAAUGUGUUUAUUUUCUGUACAUACCUGCCACAGAAGUGUCUUGUAUUUAACACUAUUAUUUAAGCUUAUUUAACCUAAAGUUGUUUAUUUUAUUAAAGGUAUUUGUUUUGUUUUUUGUUUUUUCUCCACUAAGGAGAGAUGAAGCUCUGUGUAUGUUGUAAAGUGUGUAGCUUGCCGGGGCAAAAAAAAAA